AUGUUAUCCCUUCUUCUUCAUCUUACCUCCUCAAACAGAAUCACAAGGAAGCAGCAGGUAUCACUGAACUACACCACAGUACCAAAGAAUCAGAUUGCUACAUGGAUUGCUAAAAAUCCAAACUGUGUUGUUGUUUAUGCAGACUCCUACAAAGUAAUGAAACCAUUAAGAUUCGCCAUCGAAGACAACUCCAAUUUCACAGCAUUCGCUCUUACAGAACCAAAUCCAGAGACAAAUGAAUAUUGCAUUGCUUAUCCAUGCGCUUCUGCAUACUUGAAAGGCAGACACGUCCGUUCUACAAUCUCCGACUUCUCACCAAUGAGCUUCCAAUUCUGGGUCACACAUUCCAUUUCGGAGCCUCAUUUCGAUAUCGGCCACCCAGAAGAAUUCAGAAGACUCCUCGAGCUCCCAGGCAACCACUUCAUUGCCGUUGAUACAGACAAGAGACCAUCCUGGGUUCCAAAGGACCAAGUUCUCUUCCAUGUCACAAAGAAGGUCAUUUCCAGAUUCACAAUCCCACAGAAACCAGGUAUUUACGUCUUCAGACACAUCGAUCGCGAGUUUAUCGCCCUCGAAUCCUGGGACACAACCAUCUUUAAGUCCAAACUCCUUGAUAUUGGCGUAGACAAGUUCCGCAGCACCAAAUACAUCGCAGGUUCCAUUAUCAACAACGAUGACGACUACAAUGAUAAGCUCAAGCUUGAUUUGAUGAAGAAUAUGUCAGAUCUUUAUCAAAACAAGGUUGCUUUCACCGCAUACUCCUCAGUAUUCGUCGCCCACAUUGCUCAAAUUGCCAACAUCACAAACAUCUGCGGUCCACUCUUCUUAGUUGUUGAGACAUCAAAUAUCUCUGCCAAACGUUAUGGCCUUGCCACAUACGGACAGACAGAAUCCAUGGACAGCCUCAAGGAAUACCUCGACAAGGUCAUUUCUGGCCAAGUCAAGCCAAUUGUCGCCGAAGAUAUCCGUACAAAGGAACGCGAUGGAGUUAACGAGCUUUCCGUCCUCGAUUACACAGAUAAGCUCUGGAACAAGGACUAUAACAGCCUCGUUAUCAUUACUUCUACAUGUGUCGGAGUUCCAGUUGAAUAUUCAACAGUCUUCAACGUCGGAUCCCAAAUCUACAAAGAAAAGAACCUCAAGUUAUGGGCCUUCGACCAGGGAAGAAACGAUGUUCCAGCUGGAAUCAACAUCUACAAUUCUUACCCACAAAUCUUAGUUUACCCGGCCAAAUCCAACCAAUACAAGGUCUUUGAGAAGGCAUUUACACUUCCAAACCUCGAAAAGUUCAUUAACCAGAACACUGGAAUCUCCCUCAACGAGACGGAGAAGGAGAAGUACCAGGCCGACGUCCUUAUCGGUCUUAGCAACCCCGAUACUGAUGAAACAUCAGGAUACAACAAAGAACUCUAA